AUGGAAAACUACAAGCGCAAGCGCGAGAAGCAGCGUGUGCGCAUCCGCACAAAGUACGAGAUAAUCGGGUUCAUCAGCUCCGGAACCUACGGACGCGUCUACAAGGCGCGCCCGCGUGAAGGCCCUGGCAUUGAACUGGCGAUUAAAAAGUUUAAACCCGAGCGCGAGGGCGAGACCAGGCCGUCAACCGGAAUAUCCCAAUCCGCGUGUCGCGAAAUCGGGCUCUGCCGCGAACUGCACCAUGAAAACGUCAUAGAUCUAUGCGAAGUCGUCAUGGACGACAAUGCAAUCCAUAUGCAUUUGCGCAAGCCGAUGGCUGAGCUUGUGAUUAAGAGUAUUCUGUGGCAGCUGCUCAAUGGUGUAGCGUACUUGCAUGGGAAUUUGGUGCUGCAGAGGGAUUUGAAGCCUGCUAAUAUUAUGAUCACGUCUAGUGGCGUGGUUAAGGUCGGGGAUAUGGGGCUGGCGAGGGUGUUUCGGAGGCCCUUUCAGCCCCUGUAUAGCGGUGACAAGGUUGUGGUCACUGUGUGGUAUCGAUCUCCUGAGCUUUUGCUUGGGUCUAGACAUUACACGACAGCUGUGGAUAUGUGGUCGAUCGGGUGCAUUUUCGCCGAAAUGCUCGCCCUGCGGCCGAUAUUCAAGGGCGAGGAGGUCAAGAUGGAGAAGAAACAGAUACCCUUCCAGCGUGGCCAAGUGUUAAAGAUCCUCGAGGUCCUAGGGACUCCAUCCAAGGAGCAAUGGCCGAAUAUCGAGGUGAUGCCGGAUUACUCUCAUAUGAAGCAAUUCCGUCACUACGCUAAUUCAUUAAAGUCCUGGUUUGCCAGCACAGGGCUCAAGUCAGAGUCUGGGUUUCAGUUGUUGUCUAGUUUGCUGGAGUAUGACCCGGAUAAGAGGAUUAGUGCGUCGGAUGCUAUGGAUCAUCCAUACUUUAAGGAUGAUCCAAAGCCUGUGAAGCAUCCGUUUUUGGAACAUAAUAUUAGUUAUCCGAAGCGCAGAUUGACCUUGGAUGAGCUUAAUUUGAAACACCGAUUUUACUUCUUUAAUUAUUCUAAAUUAUAA